AUGACCAAACUUACACUGUCUACAUCCAACUCGCAGCUGCUGCGGCGACUGGUGCAAGAGGAGAGUGGCUCGGAACACGAUUCACUACAAUUUCUCCGAGCGGCCCUGGCCGAUCAGCCGGCGCAGCCAAAGAUGACAUCAGCUAGUCCGGCUAUUCCGACCACAAGCACUACAAGCACUACCGCAGACUCGGCUACACCGAUUGUGGUGGACCAUUUCGCACUCAUCGAUAUCGCAUCGUGGGUACACACCGACUCAGCGGCAGCGGAAUCAAGCAUCGACAAGGCGAGACUGAAGCUGUCUUCGCUCGUCGCUGGGGCUUGCGUCUAUAUUCCACCCAAACCUGUCUUUAAACGGUCAAAGGAGCUGGAAGAGUCAUUGGCAGCCAUUCAACGCGCUCAGGAGCAAGCAGACUACCAGCGCAUGUCGUCCACCACCACGGCUUCGGCUACGGGCUACAAGAUCCCAACCUCGUAUGUCAAUAUCGCCGGAGUGGAUCCGACGCUCUCGCUCCAUCAACGCAUCUCCUCGCACACUGCUUUCCCGCACCUGUCCUCCUCCAACACACUGGUAGGCCAGGAAGAGGAACAAGCGUGGAAAGAUGCACAGCGCCAACUCAGUGUCAUCCUCAACAUUUUCCUCUCGACCCUGGCAACCGCGACUGCAGCCUGGUGGGCCAGCGGCAAUGCUAGAAUCGGCAACAAGGUGCUGGUUAGCAUGUUGGUGGCGCUGGUGACGGCUGUGGCUGAGAUCGUGCUGUACAACAGGUACAGCGUCUACGUCAAGGAGAGUAAGAAGACCAAGAGCAACCGCAUGAAGGGCUCAGACGCCAAGCCGACCCUGGCAGAUUUCAAACCUCUGCAGCUGGACAACGCUUCGAAAUCGAAAUCACAAUCGGCACCAUCGAGCAAAGAGCCGUCAUAA